AUGGUCCCCCAACCAGCGCCCGAAGACGAACAGUUCUUCGAUCGCCCCGACCUCCUCCCCACUCUCUCCGCAGCCGGUACCCUCAACUCCAACACAAUCCUCUGGUACUUCUACAACUCGCCGUGGUUCGACCAAGGCUCCAACAACAACAGCCUCCUCCGCCAAGUCGGCGGCACCCCUCAGCAAGAACUCAUCUUCAACAACCGGCUCGCCUUCGAGGAGCGCCUGCGCACAGACUAUCCGUACGGCACGCAAUACGUUGUCGCGUACGAGCCCAAGAACGACGGCGAGCCAUGGGUGAUUCAGCGCCAGGAGAAGAGCGUAGAUGAGAACACGGGGAAGACGGCGAAGAUCGAGGUCACGGCUACGUAUUUUACGCAGGGGACGAGGAUUGUAAUGGCGAAGAGCGUCCUGGAUGUGCUGCAGACGCGCUUGCUGAGCGUGAGCACGCAGCUGCAGGAGCUGAUGGAGCUGUCCAAGGACCUGUCGCACUUCAGCCCCGCAACAGGACACACGUACGUGCCGCCGUCGUUCGACCUCGCGAAGGCGAGCAGCGGGAGUCGCGCUGGGAGCCGCGCAGGAAGCCGUGCAGGUAGUCCCGCGCCCGAAGCGUCGCAACAGCCCGGUGUGCAACCCACUGCCGCGGACCCCUUCGAGACCUUCUCAGACGCCUUUUUCCUCCGCUCGCUCGACCGCACGGAAGCCUACUUCGAGGAGUACGUCGACGAGAACCCGCUGCAGGGCGAGCCAGGCUCCUUCGUGCUCACGCACAGCUGGCGCAACACGGUGACGCGGCGCGAGGAAGAGAAGAAGCGCGCCGAGCAGGCUGCCGCGCACCAGGCUGCCGCAGCGCAGGCGGCGUCGCAACCAAGUCAACUGUCCAUCUCCACUUCGCAGACGCAGAGCGGUCUCCAGUCUUCCACGUCCACGCCUAAACCCGCCACUCCCGCCACCGAGUCCUUCUCCCGCAAGGCCAGCAUAGCAAGCCAGCCGAAGCCGGGCAAGGAGAAGCGCCGAAAGUCAAAGGGACCCGGCAGUCUUGCGAGCCCGGUUACACCCACGGGUCCGCAGAUAUAG